AUGAGAAGUUUUGGCUUGUUUUCAUACCGGCCACACUGGGUCCUCCCUUUAACUCGAGAACACGGACGUAAUCGCCUUGAGUGGUACAGACAACGUAUUGUCUUUAGUGACGAGUCUCGAUUUUGUUUGGGCAUGCACGAUGGUCGUGCCAGGGUUAGAAGGCGACGUGGUGAAAGGAGGAAUCCACAGUUUUUUGUUGAAAGACAUGUUCGUCACACUGUUGAAGUUAUGGUUUGGGGUGCUAUAGCUUAUGGUUCCAGGUCACCUUUAAUCUUCAUCAGAGGUAACAUGAACGCGCAGCGUUAUAUCCACGAAGUUCUAGAACCCCAUCUUUUACCCUAUCUUGACACCCUGGCAGAUCCAACUUUCCAACAAGAUAAUGCCCGACCACAUGUUGCAAGAGUCACAAUAGACUUCUUUCAACAUAAUGAUGUCACAUUGUUACCAUGGCCACCAAGAUCCACACAUUAUCAAAGUUUACCUCCUGAUUUCUUAGACUUUUUAACCUUCAACCCUUACUGA